CCUGGAUACCUAGAGAGCAAGAGGAGGGGCGAGGGGCAAUUCUGCUAAUUCAAUCCCCCCACCCCCUCGUUUGGUUUGUUAUUUGACUUGGGAACUAUCACAACCACAAUCCGCAACUUUUCGCAAUAAUUUCAACCUAAUACUACAUACUUCUACCCAAUCUUCUUGUCCCCUUUCGUACAUUCAAAAAGUUCGGUACGUGCAGUUUUACACAUUAUCUACCUGCAUACUCCCAUUUGCAUCAAAUUACCUGCAUCGUUCUAGAUCUGGGUAUAUAACUAUCACAACAUGAGCUCUACCGAGAAUACCGAGCCUAAGCCUGCCGAGGCCACCGAGGGCAAGCCUCUUACCUCCUCAUCCGUCUUCUCCAUGUUUGGCGGCGGCGCAAAGAAGGAAAAGAAGGACGAGGACGAGGAUCGUGGCGAUGUUUCUGGUAGCGCCAAGGCCCAGCGAGAGGCGGCUGCUGCUGCUAAGGGUGAUGAAGAGGAGGAUCCUCCUGAGUCGGAAGAUGUCCACUUCGAGCCUGUCCAUAAGCUCACCGAAAAGAUCAAGACUGUGACUCACGAGGAAUCUGAAGAGGAAGUUUUUAACAUGCGGUGCAAGAUGUUUAAAUUCACCCAAGACGCCGAAGGAAAAGGUGAAUGGAAAGAGCGUGGUACUGGUCCUCUCCGCCUAUUGAAACAUAAGGAGAACGGCAAGAUUCGCUUGGUCAUGCGACGAGACAAGACCCUCAAGGUCUGCGCCAACCACUAUAUUACCCCCGACAUGACGAUCGCUCCUAUGUCUACUAGCGACCGGGCCUGGCUCUGGAAUGUAGGCGCCGAUGUCAGCGAGGGCGAGCCCGAGGCUAUCACCGUUUCUGUCCGCGUAGCCAACGCAGAGAAUGCUCAGCUAUUUAAGGAAGCAUGGCUCAAGGCCCAGAAAGAUAACGAGGCUCAGUUUGCUCAGGCUAAGGCAGAGGAGGAGGGUGAAGAAGAGGAAUCUAAGACGGAGGAGAAGAAGGAGGAGGCUACCACAUCCUCGUGAUGGGUGAGGCCUAUUCCGUCUGUGGUGGUUCAAACUACCCGUUUUAUCAUGGUGGCCUACAAUUAUAAUGUCACCACGCUCCCCUACGUAGCGGAUGUGUCGAGCGAAUGCUCUUCUCCCGGGGCGAAAGGCUUGGAAAUACGAGCUCUCGUGAGGGAUUCACAGAGGAGAGGCGAAUGAUAAUGAUGACGAGAAGAGAGAGAGAAGAGACGAUUAGAUAGUCUAAGGAAGGAUCAAGCACCAAUCUCCCAUAGUCAUGGCAUUUAUGUCCCCCGCAAAACACUUCACGACGAAUACAACCCCGAUCCUCCCAAAACGCAGUUCUGAAAUUGCCAAUAGAAGUGGUGGCAGAGAGUGUCCAGCCGCUAGUAUAGAGCCAACC